CACAAAUGUCUGUAAUGUUACUACACAGGCCUUGGGCAAAAACUCUUGGUUCCAGGCAGUCGCGGUCUGUGCGAAGCGCUGCCCAACUCUAGAUGUCUUCUGCUUGGCUGAGGAGAAGACAGCCAAUGAAAGCCUGACAUCCACCCCACAACUCCCCUGAUGGGUACUUAACAGCCCACCUCCUCCCAACAUGAGCGCCUGUCGAGGCAUGUCCUGACAAAGCCAUGUCCUGACAAAGCCAUACCAUAGCGCUACAACCAGACCGUCCUAACCGUCGCAGAUGGUCAUUUUACCACUACUCUCACCACCGUUACCAUGGCAGCGUCGCCUGUUCGCUCUCCCUCUCCCGACGAAUACCGGUCACAGUACCUCUCCCACGACGAAUACAUAGAAUUGCGAAACUCCGAGGACAAGCAUCUGAAUGCUGAACUCGCUUCCAUCCAAUGCUCCGUCGACAACGUCAAGCGGGAGUUGAAAGCCGACAUCAAGGAGCUCAGAGACAACCGUCUUGGGCGUCUCGAAGACCAGACCCAACGCCUCGAAGCCGAGAUUCGCCAGUCCCAAGCCUAUAUGCGCAAUAAAGGAUUGAAGAAUCCAACCCUCCCCAUCAGACCUGUUGUU